CCGCACAACACGCCUCCUGUUUCGGGCUUCACGGUCACCGGCGGCCAUGGAUCCAGCGCUGUCCUCCUCCCGGGUUCGCCGCUGAGGGACGUUCCUCCGUCGGAUGCUCCAGUGCCCGUAGAGGAGCAGCGGGAGGAGGAGGAGGGGGCAUCCCCGUCGGUCCUCGACCACCAGGCUGACUCACCACCAGAGCGCCUGAACACACGAGGAGGAGGAGAAGAAGAAGAAGGAGAAGAAGGAGAAUAAGUUGGAGAGAGCGAGGGACUGAGAAACAGAGAGCGAGAAGGAGGGAGGGAGGGAGGGAGAAAGAGAGAAGGGGGGAGGAAGAUAGAAAGCAUCUAAAGCAAAGUGAGGUUGGGUCGGCGGGACGAGAGGAAGAAGGAAAAGAGAACGUGAUCGUGGCAAAGUGAGAGAGAGGCCGAGAGGCUACAGACAGAUCUGAGGUCAGGGGGAGAGAGAGAGAGAGAGAGAGAGAGAGAGCGGGCGCAGGUAGGUCGGAGGUCGAGCGGUCAGACGGACGGCUGACUGAGCUCCACCCGAACCCACUGCCCCCGCCGCCCAUCCGUCAGCUGUCCCCUUCACGCCCACCACACUGGGAGAACUGGGAGAGCGGACGCCCAGGAGAAGCCACCAUGAGCGACCAGAACGUCGUGAAGGAAGGCUGGGUCCAGAAACGAGGUGAGUACAUCAAGAACUGGCGACCGCGCUACUUCCUGCUGAAGUCGGACGGCUCCUUCAUCGGCUACAAGGACAAACCCCAGGACUCGGACUUGGCCUAUCCGCUCAACAACUUCUCUGUAGCAAAAUGUCAGCUGAUGAAGACGGAGCGGCCCAAGCCCAACACCUUCAUCAUCCGCUGCCUGCAGUGGACCACCGUCAUCGAGAGGACUUUCCACGUGGACACGCCCGACGAGAGGGACGAGUGGGCCGAGGCCAUUCAGACGGUGGCAGACUCUCUGGCCAAGCAGGAGGAGGAGGGAAUCCUGUGCAGCCCCACGUCCCAGAUCGAGAACGUCAACGAGGAGGAGAUGGACACGUCCAUCGGCCACUACAAACGGAAGACAAUGACUGACUUUGACUAUCUGAAGCUUCUGGGCAAAGGCACGUUUGGGAAAGUCAUUCUGGUGAGAGAGAAGGCGAGCGGCACCUACUACGCCAUGAAGAUCCUGAAGAAAGAAGUCAUCAUAGCCAAGGAUGAAGUCGCUCACACACUAACAGAAAGUAGAGUAUUAAAAAAUACCCGACAUCCAUUCCUAACUUCUCUGAAGUACUCGUUCCAGACGAAGGACCGGCUCUGCUUCGUGAUGGAGUACGUCAACGGAGGAGAGCUGUUUUUCCACCUGUCGAGAGAGAGAGUCUUCUCAGAGGACCGAACCCGUUUCUACGGUGCAGAGAUCGUCUCGGCUCUCGACUACCUACAUUCUGCCAAGAUCGUUUAUCGUGAUCUGAAGCUGGAGAACCUCAUGUUGGACAAAGACGGUCACAUCAAGAUCACCGACUUCGGCCUGUGCAAAGAAGGCAUCACCGACACUGCCACCAUGAAGACGUUCUGUGGAACACCAGAAUACCUGGCUCCUGAGGUGCUGGAGGACAACGACUACGGGCGGGCGGUGGACUGGUGGGGCCUCGGCGUGGUGACGUAUGAGAUGAUGUGCGGCCGUCUGCCGUUCUACAACCAGGACCACGAGAAGCUGUUUGAGCUCAUCCUCAUGGAGGAGAUCAAGUUCCCUCGAACCCUGUCGGCCGACGCCAAGUCGCUGCUGUCGGGGCUGCUCAUCAAGGACCCCAACAAACGACUGGGCGGCGGACCGGAUGACGCGAAGGAGAUCAUGCGACACAGUUUCUUUGGCACAAUCGACUGGCAGGACGUCUACGACAAGAAGCUCGUCCCCCCCUUCCAGCCCCAGGUCAGCUCGGAGACGGACACGCGCUACUUCGACGAGGAGUUCACAGCACAGACCAUCACCAUCACUCCGCCGGAGAAAUACGACGAGGACGGGAUGGACGCGGCGGACAACGAGCGGAGGCCUCACUUCCCACAGUUCUCCUACUCGGCCAGCGGGCGGGAGUGAGCGCUCCGGCCCAGCCAGCCAGUGUCGUCCCCCUUCGAGGCCAUUUUGAGGAAAACACGUAGCCAUUUUAGGAAAAAAAGAAAAAAGAAAACCAGUCUCCCCUCUUUUUCUCCUUCUCUGCCUCCUCGCGGACGGGGAAAAGUCUUUCUAGGGACUUUAAAAGAGGUUUUUGCACAGUGGGAGAGACUCCAGCCGGUCUCCCCACACUAAAAAAUAAGUCUCCUACAUUUUCAGCGCAAUUUACUGCAGAAGGCAAUGUUUUUGUUAUUUAUUUUUUUCUCUCCGUCAGUAUUAAGUUGUCGACCCAGGUUGCGUUCAUCUGUUUUUGUUUGUUGUUUCUGUCUUUCUCCUCCUCCUCCUCUUCCUCCUCCUCCUCCUCUUCCUCCUCCUCCUCCUCCUCUUCCUCCUCCUCCUCCUCCUCUCCUUCUUAUUUUGACUUUUUGCACUUGGUUUGAAAGAGCCGUUAUAGGGAACAAAAAAACCAAAAAUGUUGCCUUACGUGUGCAGAUGUUUCGUAUCAUACCGACAGGGUGUUUUGUUUCUUUCUGGGAGAGGGCGGGGCGGGGG